CACUUUCCAGUUCAGUUGGGAAGAAAAAAAAUGCUGAGCCAAGAGAGCGUCCUGUCGAUUCUUCAAUCAGCGGGGGGCUGCGUGAAGAAGUCUGAGCUGGUCUCUCUCUUUAAAGACUUGGUGGACUGCGACGAUCCGGCGGAGAAGACCCGGAACAGAGAACUCUUUAAGGCUUUUGUCAACAACGUGGCCUACGUGAAGGAGAGCGAGGGUGUCCGGUAUGUGGUGCUCAGGAAGUCUCAUCGCGAAGGUCUGCCGGAGGACCGGGAGGACCGGGAGGACCCAGAGGGCAAAAAGGAGGGUCCACAAGGUGAGGACAAGACAACCGGACUGCUGUCUCCUUUUGAGAUUGCGUUGCGGAAAAGCAAAGAAGAUUCACGUCUUAAAGAGCAGAGGAGGCUCGGUUCCACGGUCAAACCCUUUGCUUUGCCUCUGAGGAUGCCCCCCAUGGACGUAAGAGUGGACCCCCCUGAAGACCCCUUAAGAACCAAAAGGAGACCAUUGUCGGAGGAGCUAAAAGACACCAGAAUCUUGUCUUCGGUUCCUCUAGAUCAGGACGAGCACGAGUGGCUGGUCAAGUGCGCCUCGGGUCACUGGAGUCAGGUCUACGGCCUCCUGCUGAGGGACCGCCAGCUGGUCCACAAGCGGGACUUUGUGUCGGGCUUCACCGCCUUGCACUGGGCCGCCAAGCACGGCAACGGCGAGAUGCUGGAGAAGCUGGUGGACGUGGGCGUGGACGUGGACGUGGACGCCCGGACGCGCGGCGGCUACACGGCCUUGCACGUGGCCGGCUUGCACAAGCAGGACUUCAUUCUGGUCACGCUGGUGGAGAAAUACGGCGCCGACGUGCGGAUACGGGACAACGCCGGCAAGAGGGCGUACCACUAUCUGCACCACGACACCUCGGAGGCCAUCAGGGAGAUGUUAGGGGCACCUAGAGUCCAGCAGGCGGACCACGACAAGGACGAGCCGUUUCAGGACUCGUCUAAGGGCCGCCAUUCCAUAAGCCGCCUCUUCCAUCCCCACGUGAGGACGCACAGGAGGGGCCACAAGUCCAGGCUCUCGUUCUUCUCGCUAAGCGACGAUACAGCCGUCAAUGAACGGGAAGACGAGGUCGUCAGCCACAAGGUUCUAUUGGACGUUUUCGAGUGACGAUCCAUGAGGGAUGCUUUGUUUUUGUUUUUUGCUUUAUUGAUCAAGCCUUUUGAAUGUUUUGAACUCCUGCUUCCGUGCUAGGGUUUCUGUCAUAGCUAAGAAACCAUAGUUUAGACUGACUCAGCAGCACCUCUGCUGGUUACUGCCAAGUACUGCACUACAUUCAGCAUGUAUGAUUAAUUUAUUUUCAACGUAAAAGUAUCGACGUAUCACUUGUGAUACAGUAUCGAUACAUCGAUAUUUUAGGUGAAGUAUUCAAACACUCGAAAGGAAUUAAUAUGAUGUCAUAAUAAGUCAAUACUUUAUUUGUCCCAAAGGCUAAUUAAACAUGAAAAAAGUAUAAUUGGUAACAAUUUUUUUUUUCUGCUUACUGUUGAUAUCUUAGGUGGAAUAUCCAUUUGAAUGUUUUGGACUCCUGUUUCCAUGCUAAUCUUCUAAUCAGUAGAAAAAAUGUAACUAGUUGUGUCACAGCUAUAUAGUUAAACUGACUCAACAGCGCCUCUGCUGGUUACUGCCAAGUACAGCACUCCAUUCAGCAUGUAUGAUUAAUUUCUUCACAACGUAAAAGUAUCCACGUAUCACUUGCGAUACUGUAUCGAUACAUCAAUAUUUUUUUAAUGAAGUAUCCAAACACUCGAAAGGAAUUCCUAUGAUGUCAUAAUAAGUCAAUACUUCAUUUGUCCCAAAGGCUAAUUAAACAUGAAAAAAGUAUAUUUGGUAACAAUAUUUUUUUUUCCGCUUACUAUUGAUAUCUUGAGUGGAAUAUCCAUCUGAAUGUUUUGGACUCCUGUUUCCAUGCUAGGCUUCUAAUCAGUAGAAAAAAAUGUAACUAGUUGUGUCACGGCUAGAUAGUGCGACUGACUCAACAGCGCCUCUGCUGGUUACUGCUAAGUACUGGACUACAUUUAGCAAUUGUCACAGAAUUUGUCACAAUUCCUCAUUGUUGUUUUUAUGUAUGAUUGAUUCUAUGAGUAAUGAAUUUAUUCAUAACAUAAUGAAUAGUGCUGAAUGUGCAAAAACAAUAUCAACAUACGUCUUGUGAGACAGUAUCGAUAAACUAAAUGGCAAUAUUUUUUUAUGAAGUGUCCAAACAGUCAAAAUGCCACAAUGAGUCGAUACUUAAUAUGCGCCACCCGGCACUACCUAGAUGGAAUAAAGGCUCUGUUUGCUAGCGCCCGGUUCGUAGUGUGCGUAAAGCGCUAAAGUGCGGAUACUUUUACAUAACCUGAGUUAUUUUAUUAAUUUGACAUCAUCUGAUCAAAAGGCUUUCAAAAGGGUCAAAAAUGACAAAAAUACAUGACAUGUGUAAUAUUUUUGACCCUAAUGAGGACAAGUGGUGUAGAAAAUGGAUGGAUGUCCCCAGUGUGAGUGUGUGUGUGUACUUGUACUUCUACCCUUCUUGAGACAUCAACAAGGAAAAGUACCUUCCAUAUGAGGAAAUCAUGGUCCCAGUAAGGAAAACCAUGGCACCUAGUAGAGAAUGUCUCAUUUGCACCCCUGGUGGUGAAAUCUAUCAAAAUUAGGGUGGUCCCAAAAAGGAGGGAUUUUUAAAACUGACUGUGUCGGUUUUAAAAGUGCUCCCCCUCUGAUCAACAUAUGAAAUAACAAGUGUGUGUAAAAAUUUGAAGUGCUCCCCCUCUGGCCAACAUAUGUAAUAACAAGUGUGUGUACGAAAUCGAAAUGCGGCCCCUUUGGCCAAAAUUAAGAAAAUAAAUAAAUAAAUAUGUAUAUAGAGACAUACUGUAAUAACUUGAAGUAAAUAAUGAAUAUUAAUUAAUUAAUUAAUUAAGAGUUAUACCAAAGACUAUAAAAAUGGGAGCCAUUACCUCCCUGCUUGGCACUCAGCAUCAAGGGUUGGAAUUGGGGGUUAAAUCACCAAAUGAUUCCCGGGCGCGGCCACCGCUGCUGCUCACUGCUCCCCUAUCGGGAUAGGGUCACAUGCAGAGGAUAAUUUCACCGCACCUGUGUGUGUGUGACAAUCAUUGGCACUUUAACUUUAACUUUAACUUUAAAAACCAAUUACAAACAAACAAUUCAACAACAUUUUUUUUAAAUAACUAAAAGCUUACCUUUUUUAUACUUGCAUAGUUUGUGUAUAUAAAUUAAUGUUAUAAAUACAAAUCUUUAUAUAUCUAGAAAGGGUGGUCCUAAGGAGGUAGGCAUUUUUCGGAGGUCUCAAGAAGGUAACAAAUACAAGAACGCGAAGGUGUGUAGCAAUGGUGUUUUGUCAGUUGAGCAUGUCAAAAACAUGUCAACGUCUGCUAUGAAUCCACAUAUUCAGGAUAGUAACUAUACCCCCCCCUCCCCUCCCCUCCCCGCCAGUGUUUGUGUGCGUUAUUGCCUGAGGUGUUGUUGUAUAAUUCGCAUGACAAACACACAUUCUGUUAGAUGUCAAGACAAUGGCUCAUCUUCAAGCCUUGGGCAUAUUUAUUCUGCACAAAGAUAUCAUUUGAAGAUGCAGUAAAGCUGAUUUUUGUUUUAGUUCACUGGUCAUUAUUUCAUUUUUGUGAAAGGUGAGUUUACUGUAAUUAAUAUUGAUCUUUUUUAAUCGAUAACAUUCAACUAAUUUUGAAUAUAAUUUUAUUUUCUAUUAAUGAUCGAAAUCUAAAAUGAAUAGUACUAUUUUUUUUAAAUUAAAGUAUCACAAUAAUUGUAACAUUAGAUAAGAUUCAUUUUAUAUAUUUUUAUUUUAUUUGUAUAUAUUUUUGUAAUUUUAUGAAAUGUUUUAGUUUGUUUAGUAUUGACCUUUUUAUUCAAUUUAUUGUUUUUGAAAAUAAAUAAAAUGUAUAUCUUUUUCUUUGCA